AUGGCCACCAUGGCCGCAGGCGAAGACUGUGAGACUUGCGACGGUGCCGCGAUGCUUCAGACUCAGGGCAAAAUCACCACCGAUGAAUCAACAUCGACAUUGCGCAAUUGUGCUGCAUUAUUGGAGAACGAAGACUGUGACUUCGAGACGGAGCCGAAAGCCCAGUUCCACUGCGAGGUGGAGCAUGCCUCGCGCAUGGUCUAUGCCACCUGGGUGAGGCCCGGCGCCAAGGUCUUGGAGGUUGGAGCGCGCUAUGGCCAUGCCACCUGCAUGUUGUCCAAAGUCCUGGGUUUGGACGAAGAGGAAGCUGGAACGGUAAAGUUCAAUAGCCUCGACACAGACUCGAAGCAGACUUCCGGCGCCAAGUUGGUUUCGUCCGACGCGGAUCCACACAUCUGGGACGUCUUGGAAGGCAAUUUGGCGAAGAAGGGCUGCAAUGCUCAAGUGGUGCGGGGAACCGUCGGCUCCAAGAGCUUCAAAUUGGUCACUCCAACUUGGAUGAAGAGGGAUCGAAACGCAACAGGCUAUAGUGCUUUCACCUCCAACGCCAAUGACCCACGCCCCGGAGUCGUGGUCCCAGCACACUCCGUGAAGUCUCUCAAUGUGACCUUUGACACUUUGGCCAUCGAUUGCGAGGGAUGUUUCAAGACCUUUUUGAAGGAGAAUCCCGAUUUGUUGAAGACUCUCACGAUGAUUAUUGUGGAAGUCCAUCCCAGUGCCUUUGUGAAAAAGAAGAACCAUAAACAUACGAAAGAAGAGAAAGUGGUGGACCAGCUGAUGAAGCAGGGAUGGACAUUGAAGCACUCCAUCAUGGAUCAACGAGUUCUCUGCAGAGGACCUUGUGAACCCCGCUGCGACUUGAACUGGCUGGAGAACCAUGCUCGCGAAUACUAUGGAAACCAGAGUUUCGAGGGUCGCGACGAUGAGCCUCCUGACCCGGACCAGGGCGGUGGUGGCACAGACGUGGCGACGCCUUUCAGUGUGAAGUGGAGUGCCGAAUGGAAGACCAUGCACGACAUCCAUCAGCUUCAGAAGGUAGCAGGACCCAUGACAAAGCUGGGCUGGCUCUUUGCCGGAGCUCCGAAGCAUCAAUGGGGCGGGGACGUCGGGAGUUGGCAGAGGAUCAAUCAGGAAGCCCUGCCGCACUGCAGGAUUCAAGUUGCAGUGGGCGUUGGCAUCUCUUAUUCUCCUGCCAUGCUGAUGCAGUACGUCCGGGGGAAGAAGAAAAAGGGCGAGGAAGAGGAGGGGCUCUGCGACUCCCCCAACCCACCUGGGAGGUUCCCCCCGAUGCCGCGGCGGCCCCAGCUGCCGAUUUUGGGCGUGGACGUGAACGCCAGCCCUGCAGAGAUCCGCGCCGCUUACAGGCGGAAAGCCUUGGAGGUGCACCCUGACAAGGGAGGAACGGCGGCAGCCUUCCAGCGAGUGAUUGCAGCCUUCGAGCAGCUGGCCGAUCCCUCCCUUCGCCACACCCACGACCAGCGCCUGGCCCCGAAGCCCACGGCGGCGACAGCGCCAGCGCCCGGCGCGGGUCCGCCGCGCGCGGCGGCCAGGCGCCCCAGGGAGGAGCCGCGCAGGGCGAAGACAGGGCGGAAGAAGACAAACAAAGAUGUGGAGAAAACCACUGGCAAGCGCAAAGCCGCAAGCACAUCAUGUCCGCCGCAGAAGCCUUUGCGACUGGAAGCACCAGAGAGGGCACCGAGACAGCGCAGAAGAGCAACCAAACAGGAGAUUGAGAAGAAGCGACUGACCGCAAUCGUUGAAUUGCUCAAGUGCAUCUCCUCCUCAGAACGACGCCACAUCUUCACACAUCGCCUGUCACAAGAACAGCGGCUGGAACUGGAGUCGUUUAUGCAAUUGCAGCGCGACCGCGACAGCGACGGACAUGAUGCCCAUGCUGGCCCUGAGCAAUCUCAGCUGAUUCCCCAGACCCUGUCAGAAGAGCCACCGAGCCCUUCGGUUUUCGAGUCUGCCCAGCGACUGAGGGAUCAGGUCCCUGAUGCUUCCAGUGCUGUUUGGGCACCAAUGGUGGCCCCACGGCGCCGGCGAAGGGAGCCUGAGGAGCCUGCAGCGCCCUGUCCUUCAGUGCAAAGCCCUGCCUUGCGGACGCGUCGCAUUACAGGAGGAAUCCACAAGGUGAGGUUUGAUACCUUCCGGAAGAGAGCUGAACAGAGCUUGUUCUACUGCGCCACCGUGUCGGUAGAAGGUUUGCGGAUCAAGGCAGUUUGUGUUCGCACCCUGGAGGAAGCCAUUGACAUUCAUCUUUUGAUCGUCGCCAUUGCGGAAUGCGUGCGGCGGAAUUGCAGCAGUCGCAUCAAGGACAAAAUCCUGCAGAGCAUCCACGAAGUGUCAGUGGAACAUGCUGUGUGCGAGCAAGACUUGUCGCAGAAGCUGCGUUUUUACUUUGUCCUGGAGACAAGGCUUUGGAUUGGUGUGCCACUGAUGACUCCAUGUUACCGUGUUCGGAACCUUGAUGAGUUUGAUGAGGUGGUGCUCCGUUUCCAAGCGGCCCGCGGCAACGACAAGAUCUUCACCGGCGCCGGACGCCAUGGCAUCCUGACGGCCCUGCCACACCGCGACGUGGAGCAGCGCUGGCACCAGAUCCGCGACGUCUUUCUGGACGUCAAGGAACGGCGCGGCCAAAGUCGGAAGGAGUGGAUGGUCAAACUGGAUCAGAUGUACCAGCACCGGGCACCCGUCCGGGAUGAACUCUGGCGUCGCUUCAACGAAACCAAGAUGCGGCGCUGCGAGCGGGAACAGCGACGCUACGAGAAGUGGAUGAAGCAAUUGGAGGCCAGACAGGAAAAGAAAAGGUGUGCGACUUUGGAAAAGAGGCGCAGGCAGCUGGAACGAAAUCUGCAAAGGAAGAGACGACGACAGCAGAAAACUGAAGCGGCCAGCCUUCGGCGCCGCUACGAGCGGCCGCGCAUGAAGGCGGAGGACAAACGGUGCCAAUGCUACUGGCGGAGCGUGUCGCAGAAACGAAAGAAAUUGGAGCGCUUGUUGCAAAAUUGGAGCCGUGCGCACCAAAAAACACAGGCCUCGGCUGAACGAAAGCGGACAGCGCGUCAGGAAGGCCAAGAAAAAGAGAGCUGGGGCUGUCGGCUGCAGGUCAACUACCUUCGCCCGAAUCACAGCAGCCGCGCUUGCGGUGCUGAAAAAGGGCAGCUGCUGCUGGGAUGUGUGUGGGAUGCAAGUGGAAUCACCACCUUCCACAUUCCAGAGGGGCAGAUCCCAGCAGAUCUGAAGGAAGAUAACCCCCAGAACACGUGGCCAGCCAUCUGGCGGAUGGCCUUUAUGCCCUUUGAUCCCAAGACCUGUGAGAUUGUGCUCAAUAUCGCCCUCUGUGGCGAUUGGGCCGGCAAUGCGUGGGGCAGCCCUGGGUGGUACAGCUGCAAGGAGUGCAAAAACACAGGCGGGGGAAAGGACUGCUGCACCAUCUACAUGUCGAACCCCUCGGCAGAAGAACCUUUGAAGACAAAGGUGCAACUGGCGAGGGAUCGAGAUGUUGGAUAUGUUGGCCAUGGCCUCCUUCGCAGGAAGGCAUAUUUUGACAUCGACUAUGUGAAGGUGGACCCAUGGAGAAGGGAGCGGCCUGGGCGAUAUGGGCGAGUGAUGCAAAACUCGGUAGAUGAACCUCCACCAGUUUCAUAG